UGUUUGCAUCAUGAUCAAGUCGCUCAGUCUCAAUCUUCAUUUUUGAUUGAAGAAGUCGAGUAAAAAGUGGAGCUGAUCAGUGGCUAGUUUAUAGUUUUCAGAAGCAUUUUCAUAGCACUCAUAGUUUCAUAGCUUCUCGCCAUGAUUUUGAUUCUAGUUUAUCAAAUUGCUGUAGUAUUCACCAUAGUGUCUGGUACAGAACAAAUUUUGGCCGACUUUAAUACGCCAGGAGGUGCAGGAAAACCUGCAAGAGUUUCAUGCUACUACUCAAAUUGGGCUGCAUACCGACCUGGAAUAGGAGCUUACAAUGUUGAGGACAUUCCUUACAUGAAAUGUACUCAUGUGAUUUAUUCGUUUGUCGGACUCUCGAACGUUACUUGGGAGGUUUCUAUCCUUGAUCCAGAGCUUGAUGUAAAAAAUGAGAAUUUCAAAAAAUUCGUAGCAUUAAGAGAGAAGAACCCAAACCUAAAAUUGGUUGUAGCUGUUGGAGGAUGGGGAGAAGGAGGCCGAAAGUAUAGUCAAAUGGCAUCUUCACCUCAGCGACGAUGUAGUUUCAUCAAUAGUGUUGUAGAACUCAUAAAAGAGUACGGUUUUGCCGGAAUUGACGCUGAUUGGGAAUAUCCUUCAGCCGCUGACCGUGGGGGAACAUUUGGAGACAAGAAGAACUUUUUAGAACUCGUCCGUGAAAUGAGAUAUGUUUUCAAUACUCACAAUCCUGAAUGGGAAAUAACGAUUGCUGUCCCAGUGGCUGGUUUUCGUCUAGCAGAAGGAUAUUUCGUCCCAGAGCUGUGCAGGUUGGCCAAUGCAAUCCACUUAAUGGCGUAUGACUUGCGAGGAAACUGGGUUGGAUUUGCAGACACCCACACUCCUCUAUUCCGGAGACCUCACGAUCAAUACGCGUAUGAAAAAUUAAAUGUAAAUGACGGCACGGAGUUGUGGGUUCGUGAAGGUUGCAGCGCUGAUAAGCUCGUCGUUGGCACUGCAUUCUAUGGGAGGAGUUUUGCACUUUCAGACCCUAAAAUGAAUAAAUUAGGCGAUUACAUCAACAAGCAGAAAAACGGAGGUGAUCCAGGAGAGUUUACGAAUGCGAAAGGGUUUAUGGCUUAUUAUGAAAUUUGCCUAAGAAUCAAAAGCGGCAAUUGGACCAAGGCAUAUGAUACACAUGGAAAAGUCCCAUAUAUUUACACGGACACCAACUGGAUAGGGUACGAAGAUGCAGAUUCUUUGGGAAUAAAAAUGAAUUUUGUCAAAGACAAGGGCUUUGCGGGCAGUAUGACAUGGGCAAUUGAUAUGGACGACUUUCAAGGCGUGUGUGGACAGAAGGAUGUGUUAAUUGAUGUUCUAUUUGCAGGCAUGAAAGAUUACAUUGUCCCAACUCCACCGUCUCCAGUUCCUGUUGCUCAGUGGAAAAUGGCAAGCCCCCCAAGCCCUCCAAGAGAAUGUUUGAAACUUGGACCUGUUCCCACAAUUCAACCGACAAUGUCUCCACCCACACAGCCGCCAUGGAUGACAUCAUCAUCCACAUUGUCAGAAAUUUCAAGUACUAGUACCAGCCCUCAUGUAACCAAUCCACCAAUUAGCACAGAAACUGACACUUUAGUUUCAAUCACAAACCCUUCUUCAACGCCACAAGAGACUUUGAUUGAUUCUAUUAGUACUGCUAGCACUACUCAGGUUAGCAUGCAAACUCCCGAUGAGGGGAGUGAUAAUAAUAUCCUCCCAACAGUAUCCCCCCAGAUUGAGGGGUCUGUUGACUGUACCAAAACCCAGUAUUAUCGACAUGUCAUCGAUUGCAGAAAGUAUUAUUGGUGCGUAAACGAAGUUCCACAAGAGUUUGCUUGUCCACACGGAACAGAAUUUAACCUCAACGAGAAGACAUGCGAUUGGCCAAGUCCUCAAAACCAAUGUGCUCAGAAAUUAUUUUACUACUACAAUAAUCUGUAAGAGACAAGGAAAUAUUUUGUUUAUUUGAAAAAAAAGAUUAUGCACAGUCAUAUUAAUAAAUAAGAUUGCAACGAGCAGCACAAAUUGUAAUAAAGAAAGCAGUGAACAAUAA